UCAAAAUCCAAAUUGAAAUCGCAACCAAAACCAUACCAAAUCCUAAAACCCCUCUCCCUGAACCAGAGACUGUUUCGUUUCUCCCGCCAAUCGACAAUACCAUAAAUUAGGGUUCACGAAGCUUCCGCAUUGCGUCUCUCUUCCCAAUUUCUUCCAGAAUGGCUGACGAAGAAGACCCUCUCUCUCAAUUUGAUAUAUCCAAAGAGGAAACGGAUAAGUUAGUUUCAGAGGUGAUUAGAUUCAUACUAUUCAAGUUUCACCAAAGCUCAGGAACUCCAAUUAAAAGAGAAGAUUUGACUCAGAUUGUUACUAAGAACUAUCGCCAGCGAAAUCUCGCCACACACGUGAUUAACGAAGCGAAGAAGAAGCUUUCUAAUGUGUUUGGUUAUGAUUUGAAAGAGCUUCAACGUGCUCGGGCUUCUUCUAAUGGUCAAUCUAGUAGGCUUCCUCUGUCACAGAGUUCUGUUGACUCGAAAUCGUAUGUGCUUGUUAGUGAAUUGCCGUUGGAAGUGUUUAGGAAACAUGUUGUGGAUGAAACUACGAGUCCUAUGACUGGCUUCACGUUUGUGGUUCUUGCUAUUGUGCAGCUUGCAGGAGGUAAAAUCCCUGAAGAAACCCUUUGGCAUCAUUUGAAGCGAAUGGGAUUGCACGAAAGUGAUGAGCAUAAUCCUGUGUUUGGGAACAACAAGCAGACCCUGGAGACAUUAGUCCAACAAAGGUACUUGCAGAAGGAGAAAGUAAGUGGCCCAGAGGGUAAUACUCUGUUUUACGAUCUUGCUGAGAGAGCGUUAGAUCCACAAGUUAGCGAGAAAGUAAAAGAUUACAUUUCUCAGAUCCUGAAGAAUGAUGUAGCAGUUGUAGAGCUUGAUGAUUAGGGGAAGAUUUGGCCUUAGAGACUAACCAAACAGUUUGGUGCAAGUCUUUGACUCAUGUAUUUUGUAAGAUUGCCUUGAUUAUUCAAUUUGAUGUAUGAAGUUUCUUGACCAAUUCUGAUACAAUAUUGACAAAAAAAUAUGAAUUGACUUUUAUAA